AUACAUAUAAUAGACAUUUAUUCAAAAUUAUCUGAAUUUAUCUUACUCUAAUGCUAUUAUAGGGCUACGCACUGAUCUUUUUGUAGCAGCGAGAACAAUACAUCGCCUGCUGAAAUGCUCUCAAAAAUAACUCUUAGAAGUACACGUUUGCAUUGUGAAAAGUAAUCGCGCAAUAGAUAUACAAGCCAUCAAAAGAAAAAUGUAUGUGUAAAAGACAUAAAACAGCUGAAUAUCACCUUGAGUAACGAUUGGCGGCGCCUCGGAACGAUUGCCCGCCCACUGCAAAUAGAUUUUACAAUCAACCUAUUGACACAAAUAAGUGUAGUACUCCCGUUCGGGCAACCUAUGGUGGGUCACAAAAAACAUUACAAUUUAGCCAUCAAUAUUCAAUUAAAAAUUAUCUUCGUUAAUUUAAUUUUGAUUCAGAGAGACAUAAAACUAAAAUUGUAUACUAGACGCAGGCGUACUUUACCGGCACAAAAAUAAAUGUUGUUAUGAUUCAGCAUCUCUACAGAAUAAUUUAGAGCCGUUGGCGCCUCAACGUUUAUUAUUCAGCAGCCCUUCGCCAAUGUAAAUAUUAGUGAGUGGAAUUAGAUAGGUGCCAACUGAAGCGGAAUACUACUUAGAUAUGUUCUGAAACGAAAUCUAAGUAUCUAUCGAGUCAACUUCUCAUUAUGGUGAUUCGCGAAGGUCGUUCCUACGUAUUCACCAAAACGUUAGAUGUUGCUUGUGCAACUAGACUACCCACUUGUGUGGUACACAUAGGUGAAUACUCCGUUAGUCAUGGUCUGCCUCCUUAAAAGUGAAGGGAUUCAACACAGCAGGCUAAUUUUGCAACUGGUAUAACCGUGUAGGUGAGUGAUAAAUAUAUGUGCCUAUGUAUACGUCAAUCAGAGACGUCUACCUAAAUGUAAUUACAAUAAUCACAUGCAUAAACAUUUUCACGAAUUACCACAUUUGCUGUUUCUGAUAUCAGUUUGUUUGUAAUACAGAUAAUGCUUGAUAUCUUUACGUACCUAGGUAGGUAGUGUUCUUUAUGAUUUGUAGAACAAUAAUUUACUCACCUUCUUUGAUUAAAAUUUCAAAUAGCUAUAGAUUUUGGAAAUUCAGAUUGCUUCACUUUAUUUACUUAAAAUUGGAAUUAUUAUUUUAGUACCUAGAUAGACAACCAAAACACCAAAAAGUUAAGCCAUUCAUCCCACAUUCACAUGGCUUGGCUUUGUUUUAGACUUCAACAGUUAAAACUCUGAAACUAUUUGGGACUGAAUACAUUAUCCUGAACUAACGCAGCCGGUACAAUUUGUUUAAUGUUUGUAAUAAUUUAUUCAAGACAUUAAUGAAUGAUUUUCUCAGUCGGCAGACGCCGUGGGAUAUAUCGAAUGGAUUCGCGACCUUCGGCAAUUUCUGUAUUGUUGAAACUUUCAGUCAGUUAGUCAGUGGCUUCGAUCGCUAUGAAUCAGUCUAGUAGAGUGGUUCACGUGCUCGCUCGCCUGAAAUAGUGCAGUGUAGUAAUUAGUGCAGUACUGGUGUUACGUCUCGGAACUUGGCACCUCAUCGCGUAUUAAUUUUAGUUUGGUCUUCAACUCAACAAGUGUGAACUGCCAGUGUUAUUGGAGGGCGGGAAAUAUUCUACGUCAUAGACUUCUUGUGUAACCUAUACAAAAGUUUUUGCUUUAAAAAAUAUUUUUUGUGAGCCUUCUUAGUGACAAAGACAAACGUUCAUUUCAGUCACAUUUAGUACUCCCAGUGUGAUUAGUUAUGUGCAUAUUGUGUUACAGUAAAGUUGCUCGUAAAGUGAAUAUGGAUUUUGAUCUGAACUAGGAAAAAGUCGUCUGUGCGUGCGUCGUUGCGGAGAGCGCGCGCGGGCGCGGCUCUGUCCCCGCCGCGCGCCGGCAUGGAGCGACUGCGACGCUCGUUUCGGGAAUCCUUCCGGAGACGCAAGGGUUCGCCUCCAGAGUCAGCACGGCCUCAUCAAUGGCACGCAGACGAGGCCGCUGUGCGAGCAGGCACAUGCACCUUCCCCGUCAAGUACCUCGGCUGCGUCGAGGUGUUCGAGUCCCGCGGAAUGCAAGUCUGCGAGGAAGCGCUUAAGGUGCUUAGGAAUUCCCGUCGUCGUCCAGUGCGCGCCGUGUUGCACGUCAGCGGUGAUGGACUGCGCGUCGUUGAGGAGGAGACUAAGGGGCUCAUUGUAGACCAGACUAUUGAGAAGGUUUCAUUCUGCGCGCCUGAUAGGAACCAUGAAAGGGGAUUCAGUUACAUAUGCCGCGAUGGUACGACUCGUCGUUGGAUGUGCCACGGUUUCCUAGCGUCCCGCGACAGUGGUGAGCGUCUGUCUCACGCGGUCGGUUGCGCGUUCGCGGCGUGCUUGGAACGCAAACAGCGCAGAGAUAAGGAGUGCGCCGUGUCUAUGAGCAUCGACGCUGCGAGCCAUGCGUUCACCAGGCAGGGCUCUUUCAGGAAAUCUGGCAUAACUCCACGUCGUGCGUCGGAAGCAGACGCUAAUAACAGCAAUGGGUCGGUGAUAAUACCCGUGGGGUCCCUGGGCGGGGUGACGAAUGUCCCCGCGGCGGUGCCGGUAGUGCAGCCGGCGGCCCCGCGCCCGACCCCGCACAAUCCCUUCGCAGUGGAGCGACCCCACGCCGCGCCACAUCUACUCGAGCGACAGGGGUCUUUCCGUGGAUUCGCGCAUCUUAACAACAGUUCUCCAUUCAAGCGUCAGAUGUCCCUGCGUAUCAGUGAGCUCCCCUCUAACUUGGAGCGUCAGCGCGCCGGGCUGGGCUCUCCCACGCGAGCCGUCGCAGCCGUGCCUGUAGCUGUGGCUGAACCAAGGCCUGAAGCGGUACCCGCACAGGCGGAACUGUCGUCCGCGGACCCAGUAGCGGCGAUGUGCCAGCAGUUGUCGGCGGGGCUGCGUGCGCUGGCGGAGGAGCCCGUGGCAGUGGCGGCCGCCGAGCCCGUGGCCGCCGCCGGCACUCUGCCGCACCCCGACGCCUGGCUCGGCCGCGUGGCGCAGGCCCCGCCACUCACACAGGCCCCGCCAGUGGCGCGGGCCCCGCAGCCAGUACGAGCCCCGCCGCUGGGACAGACAGGCCGCGCCGCGUCUUACGCAGGUCGCGCGGCGUCCACAAACCCGUUCUUGUCCCCAGGGGACGUGGCCCCGGCCCUGUAGGGCGCGGCCCGCGCUGCACCGGACCAGCUCCUGCUGGUGUUCGACUGAAGCCCGGGACUGGCGCCCCCCAUUCUUCUCGACACGAUAUAGCCGCUCAGCAAAUAUUCUGCUUCCGUCGUGACGGAUUGGGUUAGGGCUCAACGAAUUCCAGUCCACGUCAGAAGUCGUGCAGCGCGUUAUUAUAAAUCCUAUUCGUAACCUCGCUUCGGCUGGUUACUUGUACCACUUGUCUAUGUAGAAAUUAUUAUGAAUAUACUUGAUAGAGGGCAAAGCAAAGCGUUCUCUUGCGAUAUCUCGCUGGAACCAUGUACUUAUUGCACUAAUCGAUCGAUGUCGUCUUACUUAAAAAGUAAAAAAAACAAUGAGUACUUAUACUUGUUUCGUAGCAAAAGAGUAGGGUUAGCUAACUACUCGUGUUAUUUUUGUAAUAAUAUUUAUAAAACGAUAACUUAAAAUGAGAUGGAAUAUUUCCUCUAAUACGAUUCCGCAAAAGGAAGAAGCAAAUGUUCCUGUUAGUAAAUUGAAUAGACGCAUCGUACCAGUAUACGUCGAUGUUGUUAUUUACUGAGUAUUGCUAUUUGUAGCUAUUGACAAACAUCAUAUUUAACUGUUUAACACUAAGCGGUCACCGGUGACCGCAACCUAUUGUUCUAUAAUUGUGUCUGUAAUGACGGUACUCAACGAGUUAAAUGAGUUAGUGGUUGAACUAAUACGACUGGGCCUCGAUUCACUGUAUAGCAUGAACGCCAUGGCCCCGAACGUAUCAUGCUCUUAUUUCAAAAUACCAUAAAUAAAUGUGAUGUAAUGCUUACCCAGUCUUGCUAAUGUGUUAUAGAGAAAUUUUCAUAAUAAUCAAACAGUGACUCAUGUUGCAGUUAGAGAAGCAUUGUUAAAAUUAUAUCUUUCAGAGUUGGUUGCUGUUCCAAGACCGCAAUGUAUGUUAGACAUAAUCCUAAUUUAUACGUAACUGAAGUUGUAUGCUUGUGUUGCCAAAUUGACUAGUACUGGUAUACAGUGCUUGUACGUUGUAACGGGGUUGCAUUGAUAUGACACAAACAAUAUGAAACAGCUUGACAAAGAUCUCGGGACGAUUGUUAUUUUGUAUCAAUAUAACCGGUGCGAGAAAUUGACGGAUUUUGAGAAAUAAAUGAAAAUUACAUUUGUGUGAUGACUAGCUUAAUUUAUAAUAUUGUACUUAACUCUAUAGUGAAACGCACCGUGCUUUCGCGCCACACGCUACUGUUGUGUAUGUUAAAGUGUUUCGUCUUUUAUACGUAAGUUUAUAUUAAUUCCAUAAAAUUCGUCCAUACAGUAUUAGUCGGGCCGAGCGGAUUAUCUAAACACUGUACAACACAAACAAACGAACAAUGCAGUAUUUUAAUAUUAAAUCAUUUUUAUGUAAAAUAGGAUUUUUGAUAUAUUUUUCCUUUUUUGUAUAUACUUGUAAAGUUGUAAGCUAUUUAUCUCUUCAUCAUUCGUGGAUCUGUUUUUUAUACUUUUUUAUUACAUUUUUUUCUACGCUGCUAUAAAUAGUAGGUGUUUGGAACGAACAAAUGGUAAUUGUCAUUUUCAUGUUAGUCAUUUUAAAAUUUGCGUACUUACUUUACACAACCUUAAUAAUAAUUUAGUUACUAAUUUACGUUAUGAUGUUAUAGUUUUCUGUUAUGUUGAGCCAGCUAUCUUAAGUAUAGAUUACAUGGUUAAAUCAAUGUAUGUUGCUGUAAAUAGUUUUGUCGCAUCUUGUAUAGUCGUCUCUGUUUUGCAUUCAUUUUAAUUGAAGUCUAAAAUGGAGACAUUAUUUUAACGAAUUUAACACAAAACGUUCUAACCGCACACAUCUAUGCCGUGUCUUCAAUAAAAUCUUUUUGUAUACAGUUAGUACGGGGCCUUCAGAAAUUGUAAUCAUAAUGUUACGCUCAGUUACGGCCCCGACAUGACACGGCCAAGUGGAAAGACCUUAAUAGCAAUUCAAAUUAGUUGCAUAUCUACAUUCCAGUAUACUUUGAAAAUAACACAUUGUAAUUGAUAGAUUGAAUAGAUAUAAUGCAUAUCACAAGCUAGCCUUGCAUAAAUUAUACGCACUUAUGUACUUACGAAUUGUAAAACUUUAAUAAAUAGUACUUAAACUUAUUGAAAAACUUCUAGAUAUUAUCAUUGUAACCGAAAAUUAAUGUUGUUAUAAUGUAAUGCAGCUUUAAAGGCACCUAUAUUUGGAUACUUUUAAGCGUAUAUUCUGAAUGUCCUAUUUAAUUGUGGAAAUCAAUCUUCAUAUAAUGAAUAUUUGCAGUAUGUUUCUGAAUAUUUUGUGGUUCUCUUUCCGAACUAAUGUAUUGUAGCGAUGUACAGAAUGAAAUUAAAGGAAAAUAUUUAUGAUACUGUAAAUGUAUUGACAUUUGACUACGUCUAAGUGCACAUUAUAUCUUGAUUAGCACCUAUAAGCGAACUUUAAAGUUAUCGCUGUUAUACAAAGUACAUUAGAUUCGUAGUUAUAAAUGAGUAGGUCAUUCCGGAAUAUAUUUUCGUGUGCUUAUAUUGAACUAUUGGAACCGUUGUACUUAAAUAUAUAAAAAUCACGUUGUUAUUGACCUUUUGUUGGGUGUUAUUUGUAUAUUAUACAGUGAUUUUAUCUUUGUCUAAAGCAUGUAAAUAUUGGCGUAUAUAUGUAGAUAUAUUAGAUAAUGAGAGUUCAAAUAUUAUAAAAAAUAAUAAAUUAUGUUUAG